AUGAGUAGGGAGCUCGAUAUUCUUGCUGUUUGCGAGAAAGAAAGAGUUUCGAGUAAUGAAACAGAACAGCAAUUUUCAAUUAUCAGCUUGAGCAUACUUCUUGAUUCUUGUUGUAUACAACUCAUCAAUGAAAUCUUUUCUACUUUCCACCAUUGUUUCCGCUCAAAUCUUUACAAGACUGUUCGCGUGACUGGAGCAUCAGGGAACAUUGCCUCCUGGAUUGUCAAAUUCUUGCUCCAGCGUGGUUAUAUCGUCAAGGCAUCCGUUCGGGACCCCAAUGAUCCAACGAUGACACAACACUUACUUUCACUUGAUGGAGCCAAGGAGAGGCUUCACUUGCUUAAAGAAAACCUACUGGAAGAAGGGAUUGCAGCUCGUUUGUUAGCUUCGGAGGGGACGACUGAGAAACUGGUCGCUGCUACUGUUGAGCCUUCAGCGACCCCUUCUCUGAUUCGUGGUCGCGAGGUUCCUGAUAGUGAAGGGACGUGUGCUGAGGAGGCUCCUGAGACGUACCUCAAUCUUGAUCAAGACUCUGCUGGGGAUAAUGUGCGAUCUCCUAGGAGGCUCCUGUACCUCAAUCUUGAUCAAGACUCUGCUGGGGAUAAUGUGCGAUCUCCUAGCCCCAGUCCCAAGAAACGACACGACCCAGGGGACCCUUCCCCGCAGCUUAAGAAGCGCAGCGGGAGCUCCAAGUCCUCAAAAUCCGCUAAAAUUGGGGAAGUGGAACCAUCUCUUGGGCAAGGGAAGCUGGCUUUGGAGGCUGCCGAUCUUAAUUAUGAACUGCUGCAGGAAGUGCAAGGCUGGUGGAGGGAGGCUCGCAAGGAGCUGAAAUGCGACCAUCAUAAAACUGAGAAGCUCCAAGGAGAACGCUUCGUUCCCAAAUGGAACAUCUCAGCGGAGAGCACUCAUUUGCUUUCAAAGACAUUGGCUGAGGAUGCUGCCUGGGAGUUUGUGAAAGAGAAAGGAAUAGACAUGGUUACCAUAAACCCUGGGAUGGUAAUUGGUCCAUUGUUGCAGCCAACACUCAACACAAGUUGCGCUGCUAUUCUGAACUUGAUAAAUGGUGGAGAAACACAUCCAAAUUCUACCUUUGGAUGGAUAAACGUCAAAGAUGUGGCAAAUGCACAUAUAUUGGCAUUUGAGAAUCCUUCGGCCAAAGGAAGAUACUGUUUGGUGGAGAAGGUUGCACACUUCUCAGAGGUCGUGAAAAUCCUGCGUGAACUGUACCCUUCUCUCAAACUUCCUGAAAAGUGUGGGGAUGACAAGCCGUUUGUUCCCACCUACCAGGUGUCGAAAGAAAAGGCAAAAGCCCUAGGUGUUGUGUUCACUUCUCUUGAAGAAGGAAUCAAGGAAACUGUUGAAAGCUUGAAAGAGAAGAACUUUUUUAGAUAACCAUCAGCUAUUUGAGGGCCUAUCUCUCUUACAGUCGGUAUGUUGCACAAUAUAAACAUCCUAUGUUUGAUCACUUGGAACCCUAAAAAGUUCCACACAUUCUAUAGUGGAACAUGAAUAAUAAACUUGUGUCCUGUCCUUCAAUGGUAA